AUGUAUGGAACAAUUAAAAAGGUUAGCUCUGAGUUAGGCAAUCACAGAAGUUUCUUAAGUUCAGGAUGUCUGAAAGAAGACAAGAAAAGAAAAGACUGUAUGGAUGAGGCAACAGAAAAAUCUGUAAAAACAUUCUUCCAACAGGAUCAGGUUUCAACUAAUUUGCCAAGUAAAAAGUUAUUCAGGAAAGACAAUGACGAGAGAAAUUUCCACAACUUAGAAUGUACUGACCGAACAUGUGCCAAAUGUGGUACUGAAAAGCUAACAAAUAACCUGAAAAUGGAGUUUCCAGAAGUAGAUGUGGAGUGGAAAAAAUCGGCAAUGCAAACAACGACAAGCAAAAAGACAGGAAAAGAAGUUAAGAAAAAGCAAGUGACUACUUUGAAAGACAUUCAGCCUGAAGUGAUUCAAGUCGUGCAAGAAGAGCAACCAAGUGAGGAUCUAGAACUUUGCUCUGGUUUUGAUAAUUAUCACCUAGUUGCUGAUCAAGAAAAAGAUCAAGAAGUAGCUUUGGAUAAGAUAUAUGCAACAUAUCGGAAUCAUGAGAGUGACGAGACACAAAAUGUGAUCAAGACUGUGGAAAGAGCAAAAAGUCCUAAUGAUCCAGUCCUAAAGAUCACAAUUAGCGGAUUGCCCUUAUCUGUUGAUGACAGUGCUAUCCUUGAAAUGUUAGACAGCUUACAAGUAGAAUUGAAAGGUCUUUGUGGAAACCCACAGCAUGCCUACCAGCUUACUAAAGCUCUUCGUUCUGGAGAUUUCAACGCUACUGAAAACAUCCGUAUUGCUCCAAAAGCUCUGGGGGCUAAGAGAAUAGGGGAUAAAGUGAAGAAUCCAGAAAAGUGGCAAGAUCAAAAACAAACGAUAAUGGAGGAGAUUAUCCAUGCUAAAGCUACACAGGUACCAGAACUUAGCGAGAAACUGGAAAAUUCAGAUGCUAGCACAUUAAUCUCCGAAGCCACAAACAAUAGUCGCCCGCGUGGCGCAGUGACUUUAAGUGCUCCUUUGGAUCCACAAGAUCCAACUCGGUAUGUUGCUAGGAAUGCAGUUGAUAGAGAGAAAUCCUCCUGUACACGGAACUAUGAAAUAGGACGAACCUCCCCACACACAAGUGUACUUUGGAGAGUUGACUUGGGUGAUAUAUACAGUAUUUACAGUAUCAGGAUACUAUUCAAAGACUAUGGCUCAGCAUACGAGAAACGACAAAGAGGACGAUUUGCGGGAUUUUCCAUUUAUAUUUCAAACUCCACCGAUAGAGGCGAUUGGUUUCAUUGUUACAAGGACAAGUCUGGGUUACCCCCCUUGGAUUUCAGUACCACAUGCAUGAAACAUGGUCGUUACGUCAUUUAUUACAAUGAAAGAUUAAAGAACAUUACCUAUCCUGUUGGUUACCAAACUACAAUCAUAACAGAGUUAUGCGAAGUGAUAGUGCAUGGUUGCGCUGAGAAAGGAGUCUAUGGAGUAAACUGUGACCUACCCUGUCCUGUUAACUGUCAAGAAAAGAGAUGUCACAUAAUUAACGGAAGUUGUCUGGGAUGUAUGCCGGGAUGGAAUGGAGACAAGUGUGAUAAAUUGUGCCCUGUUGGAUGGUAUGGACUUGAAUGUCAACACAGGUGUCUUGGACAUUGCCAACACAAUGCCUCCUGUCAUCAUGAGUCAGGCAGUUGUGUAGACGGUUGUGCUGAGGGAUGGAUGGGACCUUUGUGUAACAAAGGGGCCAGCAUGGGGGCGGUUCCUUCACCCGAGAUAUGUGACCUCCGCCUUUUUGAUAUCCUUGAAAACAUUACCAAAAAAUACAACCAUAGAAAUAAGAUUGUGGCCCACUUUAGAUAUAAGGAUGACGGUUUUAUGGUCAUUGAUGCCACAGAAAGUGAAAUACUGCAGUUUUUUGAACUUGCAAAUCUGGAGCACAAAUACCUUAAAUUUACUUACAAUAUCCACUUGAAUGAGACUGUGUUCUUGGACACAAAAGUGCACAAAGGACAGAGAUUCAAACAGACUGGAGUCUUAGACGUUGAAACGUUCAUCAAACCCACCGAAACGUUUAUGUACCUGCAUCGCAGCAGUGCACACCCCAAUGCUACCUUCAGAGGAUUUAUCAAGGGUGAAAUUAUUCGGCAUAAGAGGAACACCUCUGACCCACACAAAACAAAACAAUUAAUUUCACAGUUCAAGAAACGACUUUUAUCAAGGGGGUACUCGGACUCUGAAAUUGGUAGCAUUGUUUCAGAGACGGAAACAAUCAAUAGACAAGAUCUGCUCAAAAAUAGCAAGACCAAAUCUAAUAGACCACCCUCUGUGCUUGUUACCAAAUACAACCCUGCAGUCCAAAAACUUGGGAAAAUAUUACGCAAACAUUGGAAAAUUAUCCAAAAAGAUAAACAAUUGAGAAGGAAAACAUCCGAAAGAGCGAAGACAAAGAGAAAUAUACCGGAAAACAAUGCUUCUUUUAUGGAACUACGACAGAGGAAGACUCCUAAGCAAUCAAUUACCACAGAGAGAAGUAAGGAUCGAAGUAAAUAUAAAUCUUCCGAUGUCGAGGAAAUAGUCAAGAGAGGUCCGCCUACGAAUAAAACCAUUCCCACAAAAAACCUGCAUGCCAUCAUAGCCAAAAUGUCUGCUGCCGAAAACGCUGGAUUCAAACACGAAUAUCAUGAAAUUCCUAGAGGUGAACUAUUUCCCUGUGAAGAAUCUAAGAAGCCUGAAAAUAAACCUAAAAACAGAUAUACAACUACAUUUCCAUACGAUCACUCACGAGUUGUAUUGAAAACCUCAUCUCCUAAUGAAAGUGAUUACAUCAAUGCCAAUUAUAUCAAGGAUACACAGAGUAACCGAAAGUAUAUUGCAACUCAAGGACCAAAGCCAAAAACAGUGGUUGACUUCUGGAAGAUGGUAUGGCAGGAAUGUGUAAAUACCAUUGUUUGUCUGACCAAUCUAAAAGAAGGGACAAAGAUUAAAUGUACUCAAUAUUGGCCGAAUUUUAGCGACAAAGUGCAGCAUGGCAUCUUUAUAAUAAGAAACCUGGAAGAGAAGAUAUAUGCUAAUUACACGUCAAGACGCUUCAAAGUGUACAACAAUCUGGAUAAAAAAGACCGUGAAGUGCUGAUGCUUCAUUACACACGGUGGCCAGAUCAUGGAGUCCCUAAUCCACUUAGUCUUGUUGUGUUCCACCGUCACGUGAUGAAAACGUCAUCACAGACUGGAAAGUACAUGCUGGUCCACUGCAGUGCUGGAAUUGGGAGAACCGGAACAUACUUAGCUUUGGACGCCCUCUACCGGGACGGGGAGAGAAAUGGCAGAAUUAAUGUACCGAUGUACGUCAGGACCAUGAGAAAAGACAGAAUGAACAUGAUACAAGGAGAUGACCAGUACAGAGUCGUGUAUCUUGCCCUUUGUGAAUCAUUCAGUGGGAGAUCCAGGUGUCUAACAGCUGAAUCACUUUCACAACAAUCUCAAGAUAGAUCUUGCUACACAAAUUGUGGGGAAGUUUCAAGUACAACUUCCCUGUCUUCAGACUUCCAGACACUACAGUCUCUUCGGAUUAAAUAUGCAGAGAAAGAUUGUGAAUCUGGACAUACAAACAAAUCAGCCAACUACACACAGAGUGUUUUACCGGUGGAAAAAUUCCUGUGUUAUUUGUCCUAUACAAAGGGAAGAAACAACUACUACAACGCUGUUCUACUACAGUCCUUCACUGAAAAUGACUGUCUAAUCAGCGCUCAGUACCCACUUCCUGACUACACUGAAGACCUUUUGAGACUCAUCAGAGAUUUUGAUGCUCGUGUUGUGAUUUUCCUUGGUCCUUUGAAGGAAAUAAAAUCCUCAACCCUUUGGGUUCCAUCAAAAUCCGAGAACAAAAUCUGUGGCAGUUUUGUACUUAAUUUGGCAACAUCAACAAAUUCAGUAAACUUUACAACCAGGAAUAUAGUUUUGCAUCCAAAGGGAGGUAGCGACAUGAGAAUAACUGUAUUGGAAUGCAAGACCUGGAAGGAAGGGAGGUCCCUUGCAGACAAAAGAGUGCUACUUGACGUGGUCAAAGAGGCAAGAUCAGAGAAAGACAAAGAUGAGGGAAAAAUACUUAUUUUGUCCAGUGAUGGAGCUACACGAUGUGGGGCGUUUGCUGUUGUCUAUAACGCCCUGGAACAACUCUCAAUGGAUAAAGAAGUGGACAUCUUCACCAUCACAAGGCAACUUCAGAUUCGUAGACCGGAGUUUGUAUCUACCUUGGAGGAAUACCAGCUUUGUUAUGAGGUUGUCGCUGAAUACAUGCAGAAUGACAGUGUUUACGCGAAUUGUUAAACAAAGGGAGGAAACUUUUAUAACUUUAAAAGACUGCAAAAGAUAAUAAUGGACCCCAUUUGUGUCAUUACUGUGCAAAUUUGAAUUUAAUAACAUUACUAAACACAGAAGAGCUCGAGACUUGCUUAUUCAAAUGGAACUACAAAAUUACUAACAUUUAGCUUGUUUCAACACCUUUCUCCUUGAUUAAUUUAAAUAAACUGAUUGUUAAUUCGUUUUUCAU